GCUGAUCGCAGUUUAGUGUACAGUACUCGAAGCCGCUGAAUAGACGAAGACACCCAGCAGAAGAAGAAAGUGGAGGACGUCUAUCAUGGCGGCCAAGGUGGCUAUGGUGGCUGUCCCGGCGGUGCUGGGCAUAGCCUCCAUCAGAGUUUACACCAUCAGUGAAGUUCCCACUGAAGGCCUCAUUACUCGAGAAAAGCUGAACAUCUACACCCCAGUGGCAAAGUCUGCUCAGGUCCAGCGUGUUGCUGAUCAACCGGGGGUGAUCGAAAAUGGCUUAACUACAGCAAGAGAAGGCCUACUACCCUUUGUCCAUGUUGUGAAGGAAGCCUACGUCUCUGUGAAAAGAGGAAGUGUAAAUCUAUACCACGCUGGAGAGGAUAUGUACUAUUACUUGAAAGAUCCUCCUCCGGGUUUCCUACCUAGAUUUGGCACCAUCACCAUGGCUGGCCUACUUGGCAUGUUCUUGGCACGAAAAGGAUCACGUUUAAAGAGGAUCGCAGUUCCAUUGGGUCUUAUGAGUGCUGGGGCAUCAGUGUGCUACCCUGCCCAGGCAGUGGCUGUCUUUAAGGUGACAAGCAAAAAAAUGUAUGCUGCGGGCCAGUGGAGCCGUGCUGCCUUGGGUUCACUGCUCACCUCCAGUUCUCCAGAGCAUGAUGCUGCUCCACAACCACAGGCAACUCAUGUGCCACCUCCAGAGACCGCAGUGGUUGAUGAGCCUCGUCACGCCCCAGAACCAGAUCGACCUCAGGCUCUUUCCAUCUCAGAAACUGAGGCAAAAUCAGUGGAGUGUAUUCCAGCCGCUGAUAAACCCAUCAUUGCUAUCGCAUCACAAGAGCCGUCAGUCGCACGCACAGAGAUCCCAGCCGAGCAGUUCCCCGCAGAGAGAGACUCAGUUCAAGAAUCAGUAGACUCUGUUCAAAGUCUGAUGCCUCAAGCCUCCAAAGAAGCACCAGAGGGCGCCCUUGCUGCAUCUGUAGAUGCUGUCACAUCAUCAGUCGCCAUCUCUCUGGCUUCUGAUGGCACCCCCACUGAUACCCUGCCUGCUGAGUCCACACUAAGUUCAGGACCGGGGACUGAAGAGUCUGCUCAAAUUGAAACGCCUCCAGCUGAGGUUCCUGCUUCCACAGAGGAGCCGCCUAUUCCAAAGAUCUCAAAUGAACCAGCAGUAUCACUGGUGGACUCCAAAGAACCUCCGGCAGCUGGAUUAGGAGAAGAAGGAUCUCAGAAGACACACAAGCUCGCUGAACAGUCAGCUGCAAACAGCAAAGGGGAUUCUGAGUUUAGACCAGAUCCUGCACUCUUGGAUUUUGGCCAGUCCAAUCCUGAGGACGAAGACCUAUACAGCACUCGCUGAUAAUACCGGCACAUCUCAUCCAGAUUGAUGCACACAGCACAAAAGGUUCAUUUUUCUUUUUAAAUCUGAAAACAGUAAUUCCUGCCACAUUUGACACCCUCCACUAUGUUAAAUGCUAAGUGUUUAAAACAGUUUUGUGGAAGAACAUGUGUCCUACAGAUGGCUGCUUUUGUAUUUCUUCCAUUCUUUGAUGUUUAGCAAUUUUUUUUUUUUUUUUUUGGGGGUGGUGGACUCUCCAUUGUCCUGAAUACACAAUUCUUUGGGUCGCCAUAUUGACUAGGUGGAAACAGUGUAUUGUCAUUUGUAAUUAUUCAAAUAAAAAAAGAAUGUAUAGUUGUGCAAUUUUGUUAUUGCCCAGAAUUGUCAAGUAUCGAAGACGUAAAAUAAAUCUAUAUUUUUCACAAAUUUA